UUUCAGCUCAGCAGAACAACAAAAACAUUGGCGCGUCGCGUCCUGUGCGGAUGAGAGCGGGCAAGUAUAUACGAGGUGAAGGAAAAGCUUGAAUGGACGUCGGCUCCAACUUCUUGCUACCUAUGUGGGUGGCCGGAGUGAUAGGAUUUGAUGUGUGUCGACGGUAUGCUGCAUGCGUGAGCAAUAGUAAGCUGUCCGCAGAGCAGCUUAUCUUUAAGUCAACUGAGCCUCCGAUGGGUAUCCAUCUGCGGACGUGUCUUGAUGACCUUUCUCUGCCUCUUGUGUGUCAUGUUAUAUCGCUACAGCUACUUGUUCCUCGAAAAGAUAGGAUAUACAAGAGUUAGGAGCCGAAGGACGG